AUGCCUCCUAAGUUGGAUCCCAAUGAGGUGAAGGUCAUCCACCUUCGAGCCACUGGUGGCGAGGUCGGUGCAUCCUCUGCUCUCGCUCCUAAGAUCGGUCCCCUGGGUCUUUCGCCCAAGAAGGUCGGAGAAGACAUUGCUAAGGCAACUGGUGACUGGAAAGGCUUGCGCGUAACUGUCAAGCUCACCAUCCAGAACCGUCAAGCCGCUGUUUCUGUCGUCCCUACUGCCUCGUCCCUCAUUAUCAAGGCCCUGAAGGAGCCCCCUCGCGACCGCAAGAAGGAGAAGAACAUCAAGCACAACAAGUCUGUCAGCCUCGACGAGAUUAUCGAGAUUGCUCGCACCAUGCGCUACAAGUCUUUCGCCAAGGAGCUGUCUGGCACUGUUAAGGAGAUCUUGGGUACUGCUUACAGUGUGGGAUGCCAGGUCGAUGGCAAGCCCCCACAGUCUAUCAUUGAAGCCAUUGACAGCGGCGACAUCGACAUUCCGGAAGAGUAA